AUGCAAAAGGACUGCCGAGAUUGUUUAGGUAUCCGAUACCGUAUUAAUUCCCUGGAUCAAACGUGGAAGUGGUUGCAUCAAACAAUUGCACUUCACGAUUACCUAAUUUCUAUAACAGCCAUUCAAUCUAACUUUUCGAGAUUUUGUCAAUAAGGGUGCUAUCUACAGAUAAAAAUAUUAAACAUUGUCAAGGCUGAUUUCGUUACAAAAACGGAAGUGUUAAAGGAAGUCUCGCGAAUUUAGUAAUUAAAGACUGAUUUCACGUGCAACGUUU